AUGGCUCCUUCAAGAUACGGUACCGAGGUCGUUGACCCUUCUCGCCUCCUAGAACCUCUCGAAUAUGUCUUUGCCGGCCAAAAGGCUCCCAACCGCUUCCUCAAGGCUGCCAUGUCUGAGAAGCUUGCCACAUGGGACGCCAACGAUGUCUCAGCCCGAGGAUACGUCACACCCGAGCUCCUCACCCUUUACAGAAACUGGGGUGCCGGUGGCUGGGGCUCUAUUCUUACCAGCAACGUUAUCAUCGAUGGAAUGAACCUUGAAGCUCCCGGUAACCUUACCAUUCCCGCCGAAGAGCCCUUCGAGGGUCGCCGUUUUGACGGUUUCAAGGAGUUGGCUACUGAGGCUAAGAAGGCCGGUAACUUGUUGAUCGCUCAGGUCUCGCAUGCUGGUCGUCAGGUCGAGGAGUGGAUUCAACCCAACCCUAUCAGUGCUUCUGACGUUCAGCUCGUCAGCAGCUCACCCGGAAAGACAUACGGUGUUCCCCGACCUGCUACCAAGGAGGACAUCGCCAAUGUUAUCAACGGCUUCGCCCACGCCGCCGAGUUCCUCGAGAAGGCUGGUUUCGACGGUAUCGAGCUCCACGGCGCUCACGGUUACCUCCUCGCCCAGUUCCUCUCUCCGCGCACCAACAAGCGCACAGACGAGUACGGCGGCAGCCGCGAGAACCGCAUGCGUCUCGUUCUCGAGGUCAUCGCCGAGAUCAAGCGUCGCGUGAGCCCCAAGUUCAUCGUCGGUAUCAAGGCCAACGCUGUUGAGUACACCCCUGGCGGUGUCGACGUCGAGGACGCCAAGGCUCUUGCUGUCGAGCUCGAGAAGGCCAAGGUCGACUUCCUUGAGCUUUCUGGUGGAAACUACGAAAAGUUUGCUUUCGCUCAUAUCAAGGAGGAGAACCGUAAGCGAGAGAACUACUUCCUUACUCAGGCUGAGGAGAUCGUCAAGGCUCUUAAGCGUGAGAUGAAGGUCUUCUCUACUGGUGGUUUCAAGACUGUCAAGGCUAUGGUUGACUCCCUUGACAUUAUCGACGGUGUCGGUCUUGGUCGCGCCAGUGCUCAAGAGCCUCGAUUCCCUGAGACUCUCAAGAAGGAGCAAAUCACCGGAACUAUGGAGCAGUGCUUCGACCACGACGACGUCCUCAAGCGAUUUGCUGCUGCUGGUGUUCAGAUCUGCCAGAUUGCCAACGAGCAGGAGCCUGUUGAUCUGAGCAAGCAGGAGAACACUGAUAGCUUGUGGAACGAUGUUAUGCAGUACUAUGCCAAGGCUGGUGCUGAUACUGAGCAUAAGCUUUACAAGUGGCCUGCUGUAACUCAGGUUGUUUACCCUUACGGUGCUCCUGAGCUGUAG